GCAGAGAACUGAAAUUUGCAAAUGAAAUCCCAUAUGCAUAUAUAAAGAGGACGGUUGCGUUGCAGCCUCCUGCCAUUAGGGUUUGUGUGUUGUGUCUUAGCAGUGUAUCGGGUAGUCCUUUCAAUCCUCAGCCAUGGCGGAACAGACGGAGAAAGCAUUUCUCAAACAACCCAAGGUGUUUUUAAGCUCUAAAAAAACUGGGAAAGGAAAGAGACCUGGAAAGGGCGGGAAUCGCUUCUGGAAAAGCAUUGGGUUAGGCUUUAAGACACCCAGAGAGGCCAUUGAAGGAACAUAUAUUGAUAAGAAAUGCCCAUUUACUGGCACUGUUUCUAUUAGAGGCCGUAUCCUUGCCGGUACUUGCCAUAGUGCAAAAAUGGUAAGGACCAUUAUCGUCCGAAGGAACUACCUUCACUACAUCAAGAAAUACCAAAGAUACGAAAAAAGGCACAGCAAUAUCCCAGCUCAUAUAUCCCCCUGCUUUCGUGUUAAAGAAGGAGAUCAUGUUAUAAUCGGGCAAUGCAGGCCUUUGUCGAAGACGGUGAGGUUCAAUGUCCUAAAGGUCAAUCCAGCGGGGUCUUCCGGUGGUGGGAAGAAAGCUUUUACAGCCAUGUGAGAGGUUAGCUUUUGAAAGGCAAAAAUUGUAGUGUUGAGGUGUGUGUUUAGCUGUAUGAACUUUGGUUGGUUUUUGGUUUAACUGUUUUAUUUUGAUGGAAACCAUAAUUUUGUUGUUUUCGAAAUCUCCCAUUAUUACAAUUUAGAGGAUCUAUUUAUGUU